CGGAGUUGUGACCCUCUCGUGCUUUUCAAAUAGUAUACAGUAUUUGCUUCCUCGAUACCAAUUUAAAUGCACUCGUCGAAUGACGAGGGCGCUCUCGUAGAACGUUUUCACGACUGUAUGACAUUGCUGCACUACUAGUAAGAUAACUACAUGUUACUCAUGAGGCAAAACUGUUGACAUCUACGAACAACGAGUUCAGUUAGUCAAGUACUACAUGUGAAUCGUCGAAUUUUAGAAUGGCACAAUUAGCACUCGUAGCAUGCACCUGUCAACUAGCGCACUGCGUGCUCACCUGUAGCAAUCAGCGAAUUGUGCUACUUGUGUUUCGAUGCUCUCUUCUCCUCAAUAGUAAGAAAAGUGUAACUGUAACCAUUUUGGGGGCUUAUUCGUUGCUCGUGCUAUCUUUCAAUAUGUUUAUAAAUGUGUUUUUAUUAUUUUAAGUCUAUUUCAAGACCUUCAAGAAAAACAAGUGCGGUUAAAGCUAUCCAAAACAUGCCAAAGGGAGUAUUUAAAUAAGGUACUUCUAUAUCGCGGAUUUCACUUAUUCUGUGGGUGGUUGUUAUUUUAGAUCGAUUCCCUACAAGUGUUUGGGACUCACCACCCGGUGUAAUUUGUCCUUUGACAUUAGCAGGUCCCAUCCCUGGUGUUCACCCAGCAUCCAGGAAUGUGCAUGUUGGGUUAGGUAGCACUAUCGCUUUUAAUCGGCAUUAGCAGCUGCGCGGUGGGCCUGAGCUGCUUACUACACAACAUAUGCUUGCCCCUCACCUCCCUGCACUCUGACCUUUGGGAAACCACUUGGCUGGCUUAACAAGUAAAUGUAGGGCAGGGCCAAAAGCUUUUCAAACACACCAAGCGGUUGUUGUUGGCACGUAGUUGUUAGUUUUACAGAGACGCCGCAUCUGCGCUAUGAGGCUGAGGUCCAGGAGUAGCGAAAGGAGGUGGCUCGACGAAGAUGAGGUGAAAUUCGAGGAGAGUGACAUGAUUCCAAAGUCAGGAAAAUCUCCGGCGGACACACGGAAAAGUGUGGGCAUCCAUGAGUUUGCGGCGCUAGCUAGAUCGUCCCUGAAUGGGAUCUCUCAGGCAGUGAAGGACCAUGUGACCAAGCCCACCUCACUGGCCCAGGGUCGGGUUGCCCACCUCAUUGAGUGGAAAGGUUGGCCCAAACCCGUCGAUCCCCCGCAGGCGGCCCACUUCAGCUCCUACUGCCACCUGAGCGAAGUCGAGAAGGAGGCUCGCUUCGCUGCAGGUGUGGCCGAGCAGUUUGCCAUCGCCGAAGCCAAGCUGCGAGCGUGGGCGUCGGUGGACGAGGACGACGCGGACGAAGAAGAGGAAGAAGACUCCAACGACGAGGACCCCAAAGCGGGCUCUCCCACCGACUUCCCACCUCACAGCACAGCAGUUUUUCUGACUCUUUCCUUAGACUCCACCACAUCCGAUCCUACCUGCGCAGCGCCGGUCCGGUCUGAAGGGAUUUCUGAGGGGUGCGGCGGCGGCGGCGAAGUGUGCGUCCACCACAAACCCAAGUGGAGGCCCAGUCGUUUCGAUUCUUGCUACUCUACCUCGCACUCUGAAUCUCCCGGAGAGGAGGAAGAGGAGGAAGAGGAUGAGGUGUUCCAUGAAGCUCGGGCGUGGAGCUCCUGCUUCUUCCCGUUGGACCGGGCCUCCUCCUCCGGGGUGGCGUCCCUGGACGAGGACGACCAAGUCAACCAGGACCAAGGAGGAGACAAGAUGGAAGAGAAAGAGUAUUUGAUGUGAUGUGUCGUCCAUGUCGUUGAUGGUGGAUAUGACGUCAUCUGUUCCGCUUUGGCUUGUGUCCUUCUCCUUGUUCUUCUCUCAAAGUCUUUUUUCAGGCCGAGAGGCGCCAACCGAUGAAUUGCGAGCGGAACGUCAACGCUGUCGGUUUUGUACAGUUUUUGGUGUCAAGUGUUGCUCUGGCGUUGUUUUUUUCUAUGGAAUAUUUUGUAGUGUUGUAUUUUAUGGAGGUUCAUGGUGUGUCACGUGAAUGUUGAUACUUGAAUGUCCCUGCACACGUCAAAAUAUAAGGUGGCUUUUUCUGGAGGGAGCGCACGAGUCUUGUUUUUGUUUUUUUUUUGUUUUUUUUUCCAGGCAGCUUCCAACCAACCUGGCAAACGUGGUUCUCAAUUUAAGGAAGGGGGUCCUCAUUUUCUUGUCAAUUAGACAAAUGAGUGUUAAGUGGCUAAUUUUUUCAAAUGAACAUAAAGGGCCAAGUUCCUGUUCAAUUCUGGUCCUUGUCACUUUUUCAGGCGGGGUGGGGUCAAGUUGGUCGGUGAAACUCGUGUAAGUGGCUAAAUCUCCAAAUGCGCCUCAGUGGUCCGCCAUUGAGUUUUUUUUUUUGGUGUGAAUCCUCUUAUGAUAGACAUGACCUAAUUUA